UUGAGUUGAGAUUGAGAUGAGAUUGAGAUGAGAUUGAGAUGAGAUUGAGAUGAGAUUGAGAUGAAAGGAGCGGAGGAGAUCGAGGAUGGUACUGUAAGUUUGGUAGGUAGGUAAACUUUUAUGAUCGGAUGAGCCCAUGGAGAUGGUUGGGUAUAAGAGGUGGGAGAUCGCCUGCCCUGCCCUUCCCUUUUCCUUUCUUGGGAAGGUAUUACAUUCGUCUUGUGUUUUGAUUCAUUCGCUCUUUUCGGUUGAUCUGUUUACUUCAUUCUAUUCUUCCCAGCUGUGCUGUUGUCCAUCUUCAUUCUCUACCUCAACUUCAAUUUACCCACUUCCUCGAAGCUAAACAAUCACUCUCUCUAAACCCACCACCCACACAACCACCAUGCACUUCCCAACCCUCACCCUCCUCUUCGCCCUCACGGCAACCACCCUCUCCGCCCCAACCCCAGCCCCAGCCCCAGCCCACAGCAUAAAGCGCGCCCUCACCGCCCAACCCUACAACACAUUCUCCGUCUCCUCCGGCGUCGCGGGCUCCGCCCUCGCAGAAGUAAACGCCAACUUCCCUCUCCCCAGCGACCUCAGCACCGUCUCCGCCUCAGACCUAACCAUAAUCUCCAACGCAGCCAAGAUCUCCGAGCAAGCGGAAGUGGCGCCCGGCGGCUUCAACGACGCGAUCGCCGCUGCCGGAGGACAGGGCACCACCGCGGGCAAGGCGCUCCAGGUGGGCAAGAUCAAGAAUAAGGUGCUGAAGCUGCAGACGGAUGUGUUGAGGUUGCAGAUUCAGCAGGCGCAGGGGAAGGAGGGGCUGGAGGAGCAGAUUGCCACCCAGGAGAAGAAGUUGGCGACGAAUGUGGCGUUGGAUGUUAAGGCGAAGGGGCAGACUGCUACGGCGAUUGAUUUUGCUGGGUAG